AUGUUGAAAUAUUUUCAUACUCAACUUUACAAGCAAAGUUACAAUAACGAUGUAAAGGCUGCGGUCUUAUAUGGACGACAAUUGCCGUUCUUCAACGUAAAAACGUAUAAUUCUAAUGAACAAGACAAGUCAAGCGAUGAAGAUGUGAACUUGAUGAUCCGAGAUUCAUUCAAACCUUAUCCAAAUCGUCGAUCAUUUUAUGCUAUGCGAGGGAAGCGACGGGCUAUUUUGCCAUAG